GCGCGCUGAUGUCUUCUUCUCGUGUGUUACUUCGUUCGUUGUGUAGAUAUUGACGGCCGAUGUCUGGCCAAUGAAGUCGAUGUGAGUGUAGCCAUCAAUGGGAGUAUUUUAUGGCGUUAACUCGUUAUGAGAAUUUGGCGGUGCCACCUAGGAUCUCUUCUCCGAAAGUCUCUAUUCGGCACAGUAGUCCUGACCAUCGUUACGUACUUGCUCCUUUUGUAUCAGACUCCAAAACACAAUCGUCACAGUGCGAAACAUGCGGUGGAGCCCUUUACGACGGGAAAAUGUCACAAUCCACGAGACUUGGAUUCCAUCAAGGAUUUGAACUCUGCAAAAUAUCCUUUAGAAUACAAAAAUACGACCACAAGGCUGUACGAAGGAGGAAACGUUUUGGUUUUCUAUCGCGAAACUUCGAUCACCUUUCGUCUGCACAUUGUAACAAUCCUGGAAGCCAGUCGAGUGAAUUAUAAACUUGUUUACGUUUCGCAAAAGACAAGUCUGCCUCCAUUAACAGAGAAUGGGGCGCCUUUAUAUCAUGUUAUUGUUUUUGAGAAUUUAAAAUUUUACUUAGGGUUGCCAGAGAAAAGUCGGGAAAUUUUUGACAAAUACCUGCGCGACUUCUCGGCUGGAUUAGCUAUAUUUACUAUAGCAGAAAACUACGGGUUUCUCCCAAACUACUUCCCGAAAUUGCAUCUAAAAAUAAGAACAGGCAUUUCAAGUGUAAAGACCGCCGAAGUGAACCCUAAAUCGUCUUUAUUGAGGCUUACAAGAGCUGGUGGUGUAGUCGACGAUAACUUACCCGGGAAAGAUUGGGCGACAUUUUCGUCAAACCACAGCACUUACGAACCAGUUGAGACAAUAUCUAGGGAGAUAUUUAAACCCCAAAUACUCAAAGACCCUGUAAAUUCACGACUGGAUUACGCUCAGUCUUAUAUAACAAAGCGAUAUGUGUCUGUCAUACUGGAUAAGGGAAAAUUGGAUGGAAUUAAGAAGGUUUAUUUUGGAAAUGGAUUGAACUUCUGGCUUCAUCGUUUGCUGUUUAUCGAUGGCUUGGAUUUUUUAUCAGAUGGAGCGAUAAAAAGGCCGCUGGAUCGAUGGAUAUUAGUAGAUAUAGAUGACAUUUUUGUUGGUAAAACUGGAAUCAGAAUGACACGGGACGACGUGCAGGCAAUGAUAUCUGUCCAACAAAGCAUCUCUGAAAGGGUCCCUGGCUUCAAAUUCAACCUUGGUUUUUCUGGGUUUUAUUAUUUGCAUGGGAACAAGCAAGAGAGUGGUGGUGACCAGGAACUGAUUGCUAAUGCAGACAAGUUCUGGUGGUUCAGCCAUAUGUACUCCCAUCGUAAACCGCACAGGAUCGCGACGUUAGAAACCAUGAGGACAGAACUCAUGCAGAAUCUGGAUUUUGCAAAGCGCUAUGGGAUCCCUCUAAACACUAGUUAUGCUGUGGCACCGCAUCAUUCAGGGGUCUACCCGACCCAUGACCUGCUCUAUGACAGCUGGAAGAGGUACUAUGGCCUGACAGUGACAUCAACAGAGGAGUAUCCCCACUUUAACCCCCCACACCACCGUAGAGGAUUCAUUUACAAAGGAAUCAAGGUACUCCCACGGCAGACCUGUGGCCUUUAUACUAAAACCAUCCGUUUGAAGGAGUACCCAAAAGGUCCAAAGCGACUGGAACACAGUAUCUAUGGGGGAGAGCUUUUCCAGACAGUCAUUAACAACCCAAUUAAUAUAUACAUGACGCACAUGUCAAACUAUGGCAGUGACCGGCUUGCGCUCCACACGUUUGAAAACGUUAUCAAAUACCUCCAGUGCUGGACCAACCUAAGGAUACAGACAGAGCAUCCUGUUGCGCUGGCGGACCGUUACUUCGACAUGUAUCCAGCGGAAAAAGAACCUCUCUGGCAGAAUCCAUGCAAGGACAAGCGCCACUUAUACAUCCUCGCGGACGAGAAAAAGUGCCGACGACUUCCAUCGGUGCUUAUCGUUGGGCCGCAAAAGACGGGAACCACCGCCCUGUACAUGUUCCUACUUAUGCACCCUGACUUGGUCAGUAACGAACAGAGCGUCAAGACGUACGAGGAAGUGCAGUUCUUCAAUGGUUAUAACUAUCUCAGGGGACUUGACUGGUACCUGGACUUCUUCCCAGACGUCAAUAACUCAUCUAAUGCGGUGCUAUUCGAGAAAAGUGCGAAUUACUUCGACUCGCCCAAGACUCCUCGUCGGGCACAUAGCCUGCUACCGAACGCCAAGAUUAUCGUCAUCCUGGUCGACCCUGUCAAGCGGGCGUACUCGUGGUACCAGCACGUUCGUAGUCAUGGUUCCAAGGCCGCCAUUCAAAACUCGUUCUAUGACAUCAUAACGGGAGCCAAUGGUUCAGCGGGACAAGAGGCCAUCCUAUUAGGCCAAAGGUCGCUUCAACCGGGCCUAUACGCGUAUCACCUCGAGAGAUGGCUACAGCACUAUCCCGCACCUCAGAUUCUCGUCAUUGACGGCGAGGUGCUCAAGGCAGACCCAGCUGAUGUCAUGCUAGAGGUCCAGCAGUUCCUCGGAACCAACAUUUUCGACUACAACGCUAAACUCAGGUUCGAUAAACGCAAAGGCUUCUACUGUCAGAUAACCUCGCGCGGUAAGAGCAAGUGCCUAGGGCGAGGCAAGGGCAGAAGGUACCCUCCCAUAGACCAACGGUCACGUGAGUUCCUGGAGAACUACUACCGAGACCCUAACAAGCACCUGAUAGCGCUACUUAGACGCCUGGGCAAACCACUUCCGCAAUGGCUUGCGCAAAAAUACCGCGAAGUUUGAUUUCAAUUUGAAUCCAUAGAUGGUGGAACCUGGAAAUGUACAAUAGAAAAGCACUGCAAUUUUUUGGCCAGGAGAUAAUUUAUAUAAAAUAAAAUAAAAUAGUAGAAAAGAAUAUGAUUGAAUAAUUUUAUUAUAGUGUGCAGUACAUGCUACUAAACAAUAAGCCUAGGUCUCACAAUCGAAUUUGUACGCUUAAAUUUUGUACAGUUUCUAAUUAGUGACAACAUUUCAAAUAUAAAAGAAAAUUUAGACCGAAGUUUAACAAAUUUUAAUUUAUUAUAUGAAUAUAAAACAAACUGCUAAUGUUGUUUACCUGUAAAUAUAAUUGUUUUUGGAAGUAUCUAUCCAACUAAUAAAAUAAUUUAUUAUUGUG